AUGCCUCCUACCUUUCAGAGAGGAGGUCCCUCAAGGGGCAAAGGCACCGCGGCGCCCAUUGUUUCUGGAAGAAUGGGCGGCAAGGGCAAAGGCUUGAUUGCGCCUCGACGACACCAGUAUGUGUCCUUGGAGCUAAACGGAGGACCAUCGACUGACAUCCCUUCAAGCAGGGUUAGCAAGGACGCCCUCAAAGGCAUUACGCGGCCUGCUAUUCGUCGUCUUGCCCGCCGCGGUGGCGUAAAGCGCAUUUCAGCCACCAUCUACGAUGAGGUGCGAGUGACCCUCGAUAACCGCCUGCGCGCUAUAAUUAAAGACUGCGUUCAAGUCCUUGAGUAUCGCAGUCGAAAGACAGUCACGGUGUCGGAUGUCCUCUUCUCCCUUAGGCGCCUCGGCCAGCCCAUUUACGGGUUUGAUCCAGAGACUCAUGCUCCCCCGUCUCGAAAGGAUCCGAACCGUGCCAUGGGCAAUUCUCAAGGAGCCUAA